GAGGCCGAAUAAUAAUAAUAAUAAGUGUUUGCUUUCAUUUAGAGAUUUCCUUAAAGUGCUGUGUCUCAAAACGCGCAUCGGCAUGAACACUGAACUGAUACAUAUAUUUAUUUUUAUGACUCUGCAAACGUCUAUGUUACAUGUAAGUUCAUGUAUGCAUUAAACAAUAUAUUCACUUUGAAGCGAGUGGACAGUCACACGUCAUUUACAUUACAGCAUUAUUACCCUCCUGGGAGUUCUUUUAAAGACAAACAUAAAAUGAAAAUAAAGGUUUCAAUAACACUUUUACGUUUAGUUCGAGCGAAAGGAAAUUUUUGCCCAAAAAGUGAGCACUUAAAUUAAUGAAGUAGGAAGCGGAAGUAGCAUCAUGUACAUUUCCGGUUAUCCGCUGUCGCUCACACAACAACAUGUCAGUUGCCAAGUCAGCUCGGUCUUCAAAGAGGUCUCUCAAAAGUGCGCCGCCUCCGCCGCCUCCACCACCACUACACGCCGCUCUGCCGUUCACAGAUGAUGAAAAGUACCAUCCAGUUCAAGAGACAGGAUCAGCACCACAGGCACCUGAGCCGGACCUGCUUCCUGCUCCGUCGGGUGAGGACUUUGGCUGCCCAGUCCAGGAGACCCAGCCUGCACCACAAACACUCCCGGAUCAGCCACCCCGGAGAGAAGACGAUCAACGUUAGAUGGAUGGAGGCGACGACAACCACAUCAUGUGACACCCAAAGAACAGAAAGUGUGUGGGUUUCACACUCUCCGAAGAACUGUUCAGACAAAUGAGACUUGCAUCAUAGUAAUGGAAGCCAAACCAAAUCUUCAUGCUGAGCAGAGUAAAAAAGUCAACACUCCCAUUGAACCUGCUGGAAACCAUUUUACAAGGUUUUGAAAUGGUUCAACUUUGAAAGUGAUGAGGUCAUCGUCACUUACCGCUUCUUAUUGAAGCACAGUUGUCUUUAUCGCUUAAGUCAGUAACUCACUGAAAUGGUGAGAAGUACGAGCCACUUUCUUGGUUCACUUUCUGAACCGAUUCGGCCUUUGCAGCCCUUACUGAAGCUCCACUGUGCUGUUUGCAGCAGGAGUCAUGCACUUAGCAAAGUGGCCAAUCGGAUGUGUCACUGGAUCUUCAGGUUUAUGCUGUAUGAACUGUGAAAAGUGAAAAAAACUGACAGUGAAAGUUAUGACCUCCAAUUCACACCUACCCUGUAGCUGAAAGUUACCUACCCCAGGAAACUCAGGGUUCCCAGUUUGUUUAUCCCUCUGCUAAACAAUUGGCUCUUUUUUUAGUGAACAAAAUAUUUAACAUUAUGUAAAAACAUUUAUGAGCCUACGGUUGUAUGUUUGACCCAAACUGGACUUACUGUGACCUGUAAAGAGGAUUGUGCCUUCAAGUGGUUGUCAUUAGUAAUCACUGCUUCAGGAGUUACAAUGCACUACGAUGUGUUCACUGCUUGAAUUGAAAUGGCUUAUUUUUUUGCAUGGCUUUGCACAGAACAGGUGAAUGAUAAUAGCUGGAAUAAUACAAGGGGUGUAACGGUUCAUGAAAACUUCAGUUGGGUUAGCUUUAGCAUUAAUUGGUGCAUUUUUUCUUUUAUUUUACACUAAUACUUGAACACAAAAUGAGAUUUUGGAGAAAGAUUCCAGUAAAGCCAGUCUAAUGUAAUAUAGCUUACAGCAGAGGACAUAAGCACUGAUGCCGCCUCGCUCACUAUUUUAGGUCGUCUUCGUGUGCUGCAGUGACAACACUCUUCCGUCCAAGUUAACACACUCUCGGAUCCUAACUUACUAAAAAGAUUUUUUUUUACUGUAGCAGAGCACUUAAAACGGAGGACAUCCGUUUUGUUUCGUUGCCACUUAAAUCUGGAAAUGAACUCCACGAUUCAGCUCCUGAACCAGUCACGUUGUACAGCCAGUUAUUGGAGCACACGUGGGUUACGCUUCUCAAAAUUGCCUCCAGGAUUACUCGAUACACGCAGUCUCGACACAGAGCACACAUGACUUGGGAUCGUUCAUCUUGAGAUUUGUUGCAGCUCCUAAGCCACUUGCUGUCUGUUGUGUGCUUCCGUCGGCGGACAGUGUGGGAGUGUAUAUUAAAGCACUGUUCUGCGUGACCUUACUGGCCCUGUACCGAGUUUGUGUACCAGUAGACCCUUAAUAUGCAUGUUAAUGCUUUCGCAAUGAUUUUAUUCUAUUGUAUUCAUCAUUUUAAUGCCAAAUAUGCUAUUUUAAUAAAAAA